GGUGUCGAACUUGAUAGAGAAAGAAACAUCACUCCAUACAGAGCUCGGAUAAAAUAAAAUUAAAUAAAAUUAAAAGAAGAAAAAAGAAGCUCUUCCGGAUAGGAAGGGAGAGUAGAAGUUGAUUGCUUACGCUUGUCACGCUCUCCUCUUUCUAUUUCUAUUUCCAUUUCCAUAUUCGGACUAUGCCCUUUUCCUUCUAUUCUCUCUCUCUUUUUCUUUUUUAUUUCAUUUUUAUCUAUUAUCACUCUUACUGCAAAUCUUCAAUUCAUUUUCUGGUAUGGCUUUUGAUCAAAAUUCCGUAACAAAAGAUCUGCGUCCGCUGAAUGUAGCUACGACCUUGGCUAUGGCGGAGGAGCACUUCGUUUCACCGCCGACCACCGCCACAGCCACCACACCUCCCACGCCCAAUUCGGGUCGUGAAAUGGGAAGCCCCGGCACGCCGCAGGUACCUCUUUUCUACUCACCUACAGUCUCUGACGGCGCCACCCUCGUUGGAUUGAGCUACGGGAAUGUGCCCUCCACCGCUGGCACUACGUGGUGCUUACGUCCCGCCAUGUCCAUUGCCCAUCCCAAUGCGAACCCUGCCAUUGGGUUUAAUUAUGGUCAUAGUUGUUGUAAUAGGGUUGCACCUGGCAAUGCUACUUUGAAUUUGGGGAACUGGGUGGGGACUAAUGGCGCAAUGGAUAAGGCUUGUAAUGAUGCUGGUAAUGGUUUUCCUGCCUACGGUGGUCUUAGGAUUAACAGGGUCGUUGCCAACGCCACUGAUCAGGCUACUUAUGGCCAUACUGCUGGCCACCGGGCUGAUCAUGUUGUUGAGGAUGGCGGCGGUAGUGGUGGCGGCGUCGAUGAAUCUGUUUCUGGGAGGAAAGUGAAGUUCUUGUGCAGCUUUGGCGGGAGGAUUUUGCCGAGGCCUAGUGAUGGCAUGUUGAGAUAUGUUGGAGGGAAGACUAGGAUUAUUAGUGUUAGGAGAGAUGUGAGGUUCAAUGAUUUGAUGCAGAAGAUGGUUGAUACUUAUGGGCAGCCUGUGGUUAUAAAGUAUCAGCUCCCUGAGGAGGAGCUUGAUGCACUGGUCUCAGUUUCGUGCCCCGAUGAUGUUGAGCAUAUGAUGGAGGAGUAUGAAAAGUUGAUGGAGAGGUCCCCUGACGGCUCUGCUAAAUUGAGGGUUUUCCUUUUUUCUGCUGCUGAUCUUGAAAUCUCCGGCGGGAUGCACUUUGCAGACUUGCAGGAUAGCGGUCAGAGAUAUGUCGAGGCCGUGAAUGGAAUUGCAGAUGAGAUUAGUAUUGGAAUCACUAGGAAGGAGAGCGUUACAAGUGCAGCCUCAACUCAGAAUUCUGAUUUGAGUGGCUCGGAGACCCUUGAUAGUUUAAUUUCUGGUGAUGUAAGUGCAGUGCCUAAGGGAAAUGUAGCAGCUUCUUCUGACACUCCUUCAAAUUUGAUGGCUUCUGAGGCCAGUGGAGCUUCUGCAGUUUUGAUGGGCAUGUCGGCUGCUAGGACUCCAACCCACGCACCAUAUUUCCAUAAUGAGGUCGACCUUGAGAGGUCUAUACCUGCUACAAUGUCUCAGCAGUCAGUUGGGUUGCAGCAAAGUGGAAUGGAAGUUCCAUAUUCUUCACCUUAUUUACAGCCCUUUUUUGAUUUGCGCCAGGAAGUUAUGAAUUAUGCAGAUUAUGUCCAGAUGCCUCCACAGACAGGGUUUCGAAAUGCUCAGCUUCUAGGGAAGACAGGGCAAGUCUUCACUCAACCACAGUUUCAUGAUAACAAUCCAGGUUCAGCAUCUCAUCAGGUCAUUCCUGGCAUGCAAAUGACAUUUACUCAACAAGGCAUGCCUUCUCAUGUUGGUGUGACGUCAAAUGUCGUCCAACCACAACCUGUGAUGCAACUACAGCAAAAUCGUUCAGAGCAGUAUAAUGAUGAAAAUACAUCAGGGAUGAGAAUUUUCCAGCUUCCCACUGAGCAAGGUUACAACACUUACCAGGUUCCAAUGAAUCGAGUCCCUUCUGUCAUCGUUGGAGGUAAUUAUGGCUGGGUUCAGGUUCCUUCACAAGAUCAAGUUGUUUACUCUGAUGGGUUAUUACCCCAACAACAGGUAAUGGUCCCUGAGAAAAGCCAAAGAGUGGAGGACUGUUCAUUAUGCCAAACAAAACUGCCUCAUGCACAUUCCGAUUCAGUGGUUCAAGAUCAACAUAUUAAUGGUGCAGGAUCAAUUCCUGAUUCAGUCCCAGCUUAUCAUAGUCUCCCCACGGAGGACAACUCAAGAGCUCAAGCUACAAACAAUGUUAUGUCAAGGGAAGGUAUUGCUGAACAAGUGUCCCAGGCCAAACCACAGGUUAUUAGAAAACCGGAGUCCCCAGAUGGACUAACUUGUACUGAAAAAACUGCACCUCCUCAAAAUCUUGAGCCACAACCUGAGGGAGUUAGAAUUUUUACGCAAAAGCUAGAUGGUUCUGAUUAUCCUAGAAAUUCAACUAUGUACGAAACAAUUGGAAGGACAGGGGGGAAACAAUGUCCAACACUGUCUCCAAUUGAUGGGCUCAUGGGAAGUUCACCACUAUCUUAUAUUGAUGAUGUUGCCCACCGGCAUAUGUCUCCAGUUGAAAACUCGAGUAAACAGGAUGUGUUUGUGAAUAAAACUGGCCAUAACAAUAUUUCUAGAGUUGAUGGGAAUGGGACAGCUACACAAACUUCAGAAUGCAUGGCCCAAGGAUCUCCAAAAGAAUAUACUACUGAGCUUUCUGGUGUUGUACCAAAGUCAGAGUUGGUGGAUAAGAUUACACAGGACCAUCUGAAACCUAUUGAUGGAAGGAUGGACACCCUCAACGUACGCAUUCCUGAAGUUCAUGUGAGUAAUGAUCGCUGCUUUCAGCCGGUUGAUAAAUCUAGCGGGGUUGCUAGGGUUCCUAGUAUGCUGCCUUCUUCUAGAGAAAUUUUGUAUGCCCAUAAUUCUAGGCCAGGGGAAUACAAUGAGGUUGCACAACACCCUGUUUGGGGCAUUCCUGGUUUGAAUCAUCAGUCACAAGUAGCAAACCACCACAAGGAUGAAACAACUUCAUCAAUAUCACAAUCUGUAAGGUUUGGAGAUAUUCAGGAUUCGACAAACUCACUUUUCAGCAAUCAAGAUCCUUGGAAUAUACAGCAUGGUACCUUCUUUCCAAUUGCUAGACCUAACAAAGCUGUUUUGAAGAAAGAAACCUAUUCUCAUGGGCAUGACUUUGGUGAGUUUCCAGGCAACUCUGGCGAACAAAAUUUAGGAGCACAAUUUGAUGAUGGCCUCUACCAGUCUUUGAAACAGCAUUUACCUUUAGAACAUGUUCGAUCUGCCAAAGGUUCAGCAGAAGAUCAACAACUACAGGCUGUUGCUGAAGAUGUAGCAGCUUCUGUUCUGCACUCAAGAAUUCCUUCAAAUCCUGACUUGCAUGCAAGAGACAAUAUGUACCUUGAAAACACAGAGGAUGGUGAAGAUAAAAACAAUCUGAUAGAUGUUUCUGAAACUCAGAGCAUCAAGAGCAAGCAACCAGAAACGACAAAUUUUGGCUUUCCAGCAUCAGAUGUUGGAGGAUUGCAGGUAAUAAAGAACUGUGACCUUGAAGAGCUUACAGAAUUAGGAUCUGGUACAUUUGGGACUGUGUAUCAUGGAAAAUGGAGAGGCACUGAUGUUGCAAUCAAGCGGAUUACUGAUAGGUGCUUUGCAGGAAAGCCUUCAGAGCAAGAGCGAAUGAGAGCUGACUUCUGGAAUGAGGCAAUCAAGCUUGCUGAUUUGCACCACCCAAAUGUGGUGGCAUUCUAUGGUGUUGUCCUUGAUGGCCCAGGAGGUUCUGUGGCAACAGUAACUGAAUAUAUGGUUAAUGGUUCUCUAAGAACUGCCUUGCUGAAGAAUGGGAGGAACCUUGACAAGCGCAAGCGACUCUUGAUUGCAAUGGAUGUGGCCUUUGGUAUGGAGUACCUGCAUGGAAAAAACAUAGUUCACUUUGACUUGAAAAGUGAUAACUUGCUUGUGAAUCUCCGAGAUCCCCACCGCCCAAUAUGCAAGGUUGGUGACUUGGGUCUUUCCAAAGUGAAGCGUCAGACACUGAUCUCUGGUGGUGUGAGAGGAACUCUACCUUGGAUGGCUCCAGAGCUGCUGAAUGGGAGCAGUAGCCUUGUUUCGGAGAAGGUUGAUGUUUUCUCAUUUGGUAUUGUCAUGUGGGAACUCUUGACUGGAGAAGAGCCAUACGCUGAUUUGCAUUAUGGUGCCAUUAUAGGUGGUAUUGUGAGCAACACUUUGCGCCCUCCAGUUCCGGAAUCUUGCGAUUCAAAAUGGAGGUUGCUGAUGGAGACUUGCUGGUCCUCAGAACCAUCGGAGAGACCUAGCUUCACUGAGAUUGCCAAUGAAUUGCGAUCCAUGGCAACCAAGAUCACUGCCAAAGGUCAAGCCCAACAGCAGCAGCCACCCUCUUCCUUGCAGAGCCAAGUGCAGAAAUGACUAAUUCUCGAUUUCUCUGGUUUGUGUUCCAUCCAAUUAUUUAACUCUGUCAACGCAUCGUGUGCAAUACUUAUUGAUAGGGAAGGUUUUGUUGGUUCAAGGAGUUGAUACACCAAGGCUGUUAGGGGCUAUCAGGCAUUUAGCUAUAUUGCACUUUUAUCUUACUACAUGAUACAACUCUUUAAGGGGAACAAUAUAGAAUUAUUCAUUUCUAUUUUGAAAAAGAAAAAUAUAUGUUCACACUUUGAUAGUGCUUGUAAAUACGGAUACUGUAAAGACUUGAACAUUUUUAAACCAUCGGUAUUAUUUCUUUUAAUUAAUUACUACUCCUUUUAAUAA